CAGUGUCCGCAGGAUUGUAAUGGCAAUCAAUGUCAUAUCGAGGACGGGCAUUGCUACAGCUGCAAAGAUGGCUGGACGGGAAAUAAAUGUCAAUCACCGUGUCCCUUUGGGAAAUACGGAUCUGGUUGUGAUGAGAGUUGUAUAGGACACUGUCUGAGAAAUGCCACGUGUAACCCAUUCACCGGUCUGUGUGAGGAGGGGUGUGCCCCGGGAUGGAGAGAACCUUGUAAUAUACCCUGUGCCCCAGAAUUGUACGGUGAAAACUGCUCUAAACCCUGUAGUAAGAAUUGCUUGAAUGGUAAAUGUAAUGCUAAAGAUGGUACGUGCAGCAGCGGUUGUAAGUCAGGAUACAUGAAUAGCAUGUGUAACCAAGUUUGUUCUUCUGGGUUUUAUGGAAGAGAUUGUUUACAAAACUGCAGUGGACAUUGCUACGGAAAUAAAACAUGUGACCCAGUAGAUGGUACCUGUAAAAUUUGUGCAGAGGAAUACAUUGGGAAGAAAUGUGACAAAUUAAAAAAAAGAGAACAUCGACUGCGGAAUUCAGACCAUGUACCCCUGGCUGUGAUAGUGGGUGUUCCUACAUCAGUUAUAGCACUAGUAGCCAUAGCUGUCACAUGCACUUGUUACAGACGAAGAUCACUCAAGAGUCUUGAGAAUUCGCAGGCCACAAGGAGUGACGAAAACUUGAAAGAGUCCGAGUUUACAGAUGACUCACAUCAGUACGAGACAUUAAAUUUUUCUCAAAAGCAUAUAUAACAUUCAUCUUUAAGAUCAUCACAAGUUACAAUAUUUUCGUUAAGUUUUAAAGAUGUAGUGCUUUCAGAAAAUAUAUAUCAAUACA